AUGGACUGGUAUUUGAAGAAGUAUCCGGAUGCCAAGACCCUUGCGGCCAAGCUUUCGAAGCUGGCAUUGUCCGACGGGGUAGAUGUAUCGGAGUACCUAGACCCUGAGAACCUGGAGCUGGCAGACCACAUAUACACGGGGAGGCUAUACAGAUCAAGGGAUGUCAGAAAGGUGUUAAGAAGGAUUGCUGGGAAGGAAAGUUCAAGGGUAGAAAGGAUUAUGUAUGAAAUGUUUUGCAAAAGAAAGAUUGUUUUUGACAAUUAUCUGCUUAAACUGUCUUUUGUAAGGAGAUUUGGAAGGUUCAAAAGGUUCUUUGUUGAUGGAAAAGAAGUUGAAUACAAGAUGCAGAUGAUGGUUCAUAGGCAGCUCUAUCUUGGAGAAGAUGUUACCAAGGAGAUAGAGAAAGAGAUUAUGAAGAUCCCUGGUGAAAAGGUAUGGGUUUAUGUUGGAUUUCUUGGGGGUUCACUAAGCCGAGAUGUGAUUAUGAGAAUCAUGGAUUGCGUGGACAUUGAGGUGAAGCCUUUUGUUGGCUCUUUCUUGUCAAUGGAAGAUUACUAUAACAAAAUGUGCUACGCGGUUCUGAAGUCACCCUUUUCGGAGAAGGAAAGAAUAGUCUCUUCUAUGGGUACACUUGACAAGGCCCAGUUUUAUAAGGCAAUGCUUCACGUAUGGUUUUCUGAGGGCGCAGAGAAGAGAAAGUUUAUCGACUUUGUGGAAUUGAUGAGAUUGGUGAAGGUAGGCAGAAGUAUGAAGAUGGAAAUAAUUAAUGGAUAUCUAAAUGGGCUUGUCUACCACCGAAUGCUGGAAGAGUUUGUGAAAUUAUUUGAGUAUGUAAGGAGAGCGGGGGUCGAUGAGGAUAAAGUGUUUGGGAGGCUCUAUAGUGCCAUUCGUAAGUACAAGAAAGGAGGAAGGUUGGAGCUUUCAGGGUUUUUAGAUAGAUGCAAAGAAGGGAGGAGGAAGGGAUUGUUUUCUCCGUAUAGCUGGGAGGAUAUAUAUGAUGUGUACAAAGAGUGA